AAAGAGCUUUACCAUCAAUACCAAAGCUGGCCAACAAUGAGAAGCAAGGAGUAAGGUCACACACAGUCUCUGUGUCAGAGACAGAUGACUAUGCAGAGAUUAUAGAUGAAGAAGAUACUUACACAAUGCCAUCAACCAGAGAUUAUGAAAUUCAAAGGGAAAGAAUUGAAUUGGGGCGCUGCAUUGGUGAAGGGCAGUUUGGAGAUGUACACCAAGGAGUUUACAUGAGUCCGGAAAACCCAGCUAUGGCUGUUGCAAUCAAAACAUGUAAAAACUGCACCUCAGACAGCGUUAGAGAAAAAUUCUUACAAGAAGCCUUAACGAUGCGUCAGUUUGAUCAUCCUCACAUUGUGAAGCUCAUUGGUGUUAUUACAGAAAACCCAGUUUGGAUAAUCAUGGAGCUCUGUACCCUUGGAGAGUUGAGGUCGUUUUUGCAAGUAAGAAAAUACAGCUUGGAUCUGGCCUCUCUGAUACUCUACGCUUACCAGCUUAGCACAGCGCUUGCCUACUUAGAGAGCAAAAGAUUUGUACAUAGGGAUAUUGCUGCUAGAAAUGUGCUGGUGUCUGCCACUGACUGUGUGAAAUUAGGUGACUUUGGUUUAUCUCGAUACAUGGAAGACAGUACUUACUAUAAAGCUUCCAAAGGAAAAUUACCUAUCAAAUGGAUGGCUCCAGAGUCAAUCAACUUCCGACGGUUUACCUCAGCUAGCGAUGUGUGGAUGUUUGGUGUGUGUAUGUGGGAGAUCCUAAUGCAUGGGGUAAAGCCCUUCCAGGGAGUGAAGAACAAUGAUGUGAUUGGGCGAAUUGAGAACGGUGAGCGGCUCCCAAUGCCUCCAAACUGCCCUCCUACCCUCUACAGCCUUAUGACCAAGUGCUGGGCAUACGACCCUAGUAGACGACCCAGGUUUACUGAACUUAAAGCACAACUCAGUACAAUACUGGAGGAAGAGAAGCUGCAGCAAGAAGAACGAAUGAGAAUGGAAUCCAGGCGACAAGUCACAGUAUCCUGGGACUCAGGAGGAUCAGAUGAAGCUCCUCCCAAGCCCAGUAGGCCUGGCUACCCCAGUCCGAGAUCCAGUGAAGGGUUCUAUCCAAGUCCACAGCAUAUGGUACAGCCAAAUCAUUACCAGGUGUCUGGCUACCCUGGUUCUCAUGGAAUACCGGCCAUGGCAGGCAGCAUUUAUCCUGGGCAGGCUUCUCUCUUGGAUCAAGCAGAUUCCUGGAACCAUCGGCCUCAGGAAGUAUCAGUGUGGCAACCAAACAUGGAGGAUUCAGGCACAUUGGACAUAAGAGGAAUGGGGCAAGUUCUACCCACGCAUCUCAUGGAGGAGAGAUUGAUACGACAACAACAAGAGAUGGAAGAAGACCAGCGUUGGCUUGAAAAAGAGGAACGAUUCCUGCUUGCUAAAACUGGUCACUUCUGUGAAAUGAGAAUAUUUACCGAACACAGGGUUCGCUACCAAAAUGUCA